UGCAGCGUGCAAAUGUCACUGUCACUUUUUUAAUAAAAUCACUUGUCAAAACUAUUGAAUUUGAAAUUUUUCCUAAAUGUUUUGUAAUACAUUUGCAUAACAUACCAAAUAACUACGCUCUUAAUAAUGUAACAGAAUAAGAUCUUCAAAAAAACAAUAUAAUGUUCUUCAGAAAUGUUUGGUGUGCGGCCGAGAUGACGAAUAGCUGCAGACAGCUGCUGGUCCAGCCAGGCCGAGGUUACCCCAAUGUGCGCGUGGUGUUUCGCAACUCUAUCCACAAUGGUCGGCGAGGCGGCCGGCGGACAGUCCUCGAACCCGAUCCACUGUCACAAAUACAGAUAGAAUCUGGACCACUACACGCUAGAACGCUAUGGAAGCCCCUCUUUUUUACAAUUGGGGUAACCACAUUAAGUCUAACUGGCUGUGUGAUAUGGGAGUAUGAGAACCUACGCGCACAUGCCUCAUCCUUUCUCAAAAAACCUGGCACUUGGUUGAGUGCUCAGCAAAGAAAAUUUAAGACACAUCUCCAAAAAGCUGAACCCGGACCGGUGACCAAAUGGUGGAGGUCAUUGAGAGACAGUGAAAAAGUGUUUUACCCAAUUUUGGCUGCCAAUGUAUUGGUGUUUGGUGCCUGGCGUGUCAGGUCACUGCAACCCUAUAUGAUCAAAUACUUCUGUUCGAACCCCUCAGGAAGCUCAAGAUGUCUCCCUAUGUUAUUGUCAACAUUCAGUCAUUACUCAGCAAUGCACUUGGCUGCAAAUAUGUACGUUCUUUACAGCUUUAUGCCAGCGGCAGUGGCUUCAUUAGGAAAGGAACAGUUUGUAGCCAUGUACUUAAGUGCUGGUGUCAUAAGCAGCUUUGCCAGCUUUGUCUACAAGGUUCUACUAAACCAGCCUGGCCUGAGUCUCGGUGCGUCGGGAGCAAUAAUGUCAGUUUUGUCAUACGUGUGUGUGCAGUAUCCUGACACCAGGCUGAGCAUAAUUUUUCUACCCAUGUACACAUUCGCUGCUGGCACGGCUAUAAAGGUCAUAAUGAGCGUUGACUUAGCUGGCGUAGUUUUCGGAUGGAAAUUCUUUGACCAUGCUGCUCAUCUCGGUGGUGCUUUGUUCGGAAUGGCUUGGUGUCACUGGGGUACGACAAGCAUAUGGGGAAACCGAGAUAAAUUCCUGCAGUAUUAUCAUACUCUUAGGAAAAAUGACUCAGGAAGGUAGCAAUCCGAUGUUCUGGAAAAUACAUAGUAAAACAAUUUUUGUUAAGACAAUAUUAUAAAUGUAACCUAACAAAUUAUAUUUUAAUGUUUUGAAAAUA